UAAAGAUAACAUUGCUAACAAACACUGGACUUCAAGUGAAAAUAUUCCCCCAAAACUUUCCUCUACCAGCUCCCAGCUGCCUAUAGAUUUUUGUGAAGGACACAGACUUUUUUGUGUGGUUUAGAGAACAGCAUUACUUUCAGCUAUAAUAAGGAACAGAACCUCACUUUGUAGCUUAACACUGUGAGCACCUAUUUCAGACAGCAGGUGUUGUGGACAUAUCUUGCAUGUAUAUGGACAUUACAGCUCAUGUUUGCGAUUGCUAUUGUGCCUACUCAUAAACAACUGUUAAUCUUUAAGAUGAAGAUAUAUUUUUAUAUUUUAUAAACAGAAACAACAAAAAUUGCAAACAUAAUCUAGCAGCCAUAUUUCCACAUGGGAAUGGGAGUCUUGACUCUGCGGGCGGAGACUGAUUUUGGAGAGGGCAGCUGCCGCUGCAUUCAGCUACAAAGUGAAUGUUUGUUCAUAUUUAUAGUUCACAGCCAUACAAUACCCUAAACUACAUCUUCAAGUCUUACUUUACUAAAUAGCUGGAUGCAGUUAGAGUGGUUGAGAGAAGUUUUGGGGAUGUGUUUAUGGAAAGGAUUUGGGUGACUCGUCUUCUAGUGUAGACUUUAGUUUGUUAGCAAGGUUAGCAAGGUUAGCCUUAUAGCUCCGGUGCUAAACUUAAGAAGCAAAAUUUGGACACCAAACAUGUUUCGGGUUGUUUACAUCUGGGCUAAGUGAUGUUUUUUUCGCUGAACUAUUCCUUUAAACUGAAAACCCAAUGAUGUUGCGACUCUAAACAAAGACUGCUAUGGUUUAGGGUUGGAAUACAUGUCAAAACAUGUUUUAUUCUUCAGUAGCAGCCAAGGGAAAUUGGUAGGUGUUCGUGCUGGAGACUGCCUCGGAUCAGCUAACGAGCUAAAACUACAGCUAACCUGUGCAACGCUGGAUGCCGAGGGAGACUUUUGUCUUCUACAGGUGUUUUUCCUCUUCAGUGGAUGAUGUGCCAACAUGUUAAUUUGUAGGGAAAACCUGGACCCAACUUCAGCCUAGCCUGUCCAGCAAUAGAAGCCCAGCUAUCUCUGCCUUUUCGGUCUCAUCCUUAAAAACAUCUUGGCAAGGAGCCAAUGUUAAGGCACUCAUGUUUCAGAGUAGCAAAGCAUAAAAUAACAGACUUGCUCACAAAUAAAAGCAAGACAAAAUCAGUGGUUCAUGGAAUUGUUAGUCUGUAUAUUUUCAGUCUUCCCUUGAUGAAACUCACUCAAUACCUGAAAUAAAGUAGUUAGUAUUCAAAUACUGGCACCUCUAACAGUUAACUGAGUACCCAAAAACCUGUGUACGUCCCUGCCAUCAUUUCUCAUUAGGUUGAAUGGGUAUGUGUCGGCGUUCUGUAAAGCUUGUUUAACUUAUUUAGAUACAGGCUACUUUCACCACACUUUGUGGUCUGACUGGCAGGGUUUCUACGUUGUAGUCCUAGAUAUGCCUGUCUAACUCAUCUAAAUGAAGGGAUGUGCUUGUCUCAGCACACAUUUUUCCAUGAUUUCUGUGAGAUAACCCAAAUUUAAGUGGGACUGAGGUGUGGUUAGUAAAACGUUGGAUGUUUGUGCUGAUAGAGGGAGGGUAAAACGCAAUGAGAAACAAAGGUGGGGCCAAAGCAGAAGGGGUGGAGAGAUACACACAGAGUAAAGGGAAAGAGGGAUGGCAUGUUUUGUGCAAAUCCUGGCUACCAUCUCAUCUGUAAACUCUUCCUCAUUGGCUAGCCAGGUGCCCCCAGUGUGAAGGAAGUAUCACUAGGGAAACUUCUACUUGCGCUGUGUGCGCGUGUGUGUGUGUGUGUGUGUGUUUAUAUGAAUGUGUGUAUGUUUUCUUCUCUGCUUGUGAUAUUUUUAAACACGCUUCCUGCACUGACUAAGCCUACAACCAGAGAAGCAUCUCUGCUUUAUUGGGAACAACUGGAGGGCUACCAGAGGGCUUUUUGAGGCUUUGUGAAAGGGCUACACCAUCUUCAACACUUCAACAAUGUUCUCCUCUUCUCCUCUUCCACAGUUACAUUGCAAGCUGUUUGCAAAAAUGGGGGACGACAAACCUUUUGUGUGCAACGCUCCUGGCUGUGGGCAGAGGUUUACCAAUGAGGACCACCUCGCUGUCCACAAGCACAAGCACGAGAUGACUCUGAAAUUUGGACCUGCACGGACUGACUCAGUCAUCAUUGCAGACCAGACGCCGACUCCCACUCGUUUCCUGAAGAACUGUGAAGAAGUGGGCCUCUUCAACGAGUUGGCCAUGCCCUUUGAGCAGGAGUUCCGCAAAGCCCAGGAAGAUGAUGACAAGAGGGCCAAGAACCCUCUGCCUGCCCCUGGCUCUUCAGCUCUGGACAUGACUCUGCAGACACCCUUGGAUGUGGUCAGAGUGAAGGAGGAGGAGCCUGUAGAGGUGGACUCAUCUCCUCCUGCUAGUCCAGAUUCCAUCUCCAGCAGAUCCGACAGUAAUAAGGAGCCCACAAUCAGGGGGAAGUGUUCUCCCUCAAAGCCAGCUGUGAGUUCAGCUCCAAUACCUACCAUUGUACGGCCGGGGUCUCUUCCACUGCACCUGGGCUAUGACCCCUUGCAGCCCACCAUGCCUUCACCCACUUCAGUCAUCACACAGGCCCCACCAUCCAACCGCACUCUCGGGUCUCCCACAGGUCCAUACCCGGUGAUGAUGCUUCCCAAUGGCCAAGCAGUUCCUGUGCUCCCAGGCCCAGUGCAAAUGCCAUCUGUAAUAUCUCUCGCCAGGCCCAUGUGUAUGGUGCCCAACAUUCCAGGAAUCCCAGGCCCUCCACUAGGGGGAAGCGGUAGCGGGUCCUCGUCCCCAUCUGGUUAUAACCCCCACUCUGAGGCCAAGAUGCGGCUAAAGGCAGCAUUAUCUCAGCAGAGCUCAGCAGCCCAGGGCUGUAUUGGUGUGGCAAUGGGCUCCAGCGCCAUGGUGCCGCAGAGAAUGGAGCAGAGCCAGCUACUGGUGCAGCAGCCUGAUGCCCCAUCCCCUGCACAGCCACAGGUUUCUCCAGCCCAGCCCACAGGUGGCAGGCGGCGGCGGACUGCAGAGGAAGACCCAGACGAGAGGAGGCAGCGCUUUUUGGAGCGCAACCGAGCAGCCGCCUCUCGCUGCAGGCAGAAACGCAAGCUAUGGGUCAGUUCUCUGGAGAAGAAGGCCGAGGAGCUGACCUCCAUGAAUGUUUCCCUCACGAAUGAGGUGUCUCUCUUACGAAAUGAGGUUGCUCAUCUGAAGCAGCUGCUGCUGGCCCAUAAGGACUGCCCUGUCACCACUCUACAGAAGAAGGCUGCAUACCUGGGAGAGGAGUCUAUGAAGGAGGUUUCAGAGCCUACUGGCUCCCCUGCUCCGGUCAUCCAGCACAGCUCGCUGGCCCCCAGCCCUUCGGCCUCCUCGGGGCCCAACGGCUUGAGCUCGCGGGCAGCCGCCGAAGCCGUGGCCAUGUCUGUGCUGGCCGGCAUGGGCAGUCAGCGGGGCGAGAGCGGGCCUUCUCACGUCAUCAUGGCCACACAGCCCCAGCCUUCGGCCAGAUGAUGAGCCCACAGCAGCCCAGGACUCGCCUUGCCCUGCGCCGGGAGAGGAGAAGAGGAAGGUGAGGAACGAAGGAUUGAGGUGAAAAAGAAAGCAAAAAAUGCACCCUCUUUCUCCUCUCCCUGGCCUUCUCUCACGCCAUAAUGCUCUGGCCUGGAGCUCAGCUGAAUUCUGGGAAUAAACUUUGACUUUUGGGAGAAAGCAAGAAGCUUCCUGUUCACUAUGCCAUAGACUACAGGGGCUGGACUCCAACCCGCAUCUUUAUCCUCAUUCUAAACCCCUACGAAGCCCACGCUCCCUCUUUUAUCAUCUUCUGCCUUCCAUCUCCAAACUCCUCAACCUUCAGUGGACUGUAAGACAGCAAAGCGCUUCCUAAUGGGUCGUCAUCGCGGCUGCCCUACCUUUUGCGUAGAUCAUAUGCACAUAUUUACCACGCCAUACAGAUUCACAUAGCAACAUGGAGGUCUCGUUUGUGGCUGUCAUUGAAAUGAAAAUACUGCCACAGUGCACCUGGUGGUGUGCAUGUCCACACUUGCUGUGCUCCACAUUUUACUCACUAAAAUGAGGCUGUGUCUAGUGAUUGGCACCACAACCUUGCAUUACUUUUUCAUAUCUGGUUUGUAUGAGAGGAAAAAAGAUUUU